AAUUCCAGCCAAGUUCCAUGGAGAAUCUGCUAGACUUUAACCAUGAUCACGUGCUGGAUGAGAGGGACUACGAGAAGAUGUACUUCAACAUGGACGGCAACGAUGACGGGAAGGUCAACGCAGAAGAGUUCCAGAGUUUUUUUACCGAAUUCCUAAUCGGCGCCAGCGUCCUUGAUCGAUUUAAACUUGUAGAUGACAAAACUACACAGCAACACGACAAGACAACAGACAAACCUGCAACAAUCCACAUACAAACCACACCCAGCAAAAAAGCCACGACAACCACCAAAAAAGCCACGACAACUACCAAAAAACCCACCACUAAAAUGCCUACCACAACCAAGAGAAAACUCAAUGGCUAAUUGAAAGAAGUGUCUUGGAGACACUUCAAUGUGAAGUUUAAAGUUUCAAGUGUUAGACUUUAGGGAACGGAUGCAGACAAAAUAAAACUUUGACUAAA